UUAGCACUACAGUUUCUCAAAAACAAUUUGUAAGUGUAUAAGAAUAAGGUACAUUAAUUACUACUGAAUAUGAAUUAGUUCUAUAAUAGAUCUAUUAUUGACUAGUUGACGUCUAGCUAUUAUGUUCAACUUAAUGACUAACAUGCAAAUCUUGGAAUGGUAUACAAAGCCAUUAGUUAAACGUGUCCUGCGAAAGAAGUUAUUAAACUCCAUUGUUCCGUUUGACUAAAUUAUAUUUGGUUUGGUUAAACGGCUAGUUGUGUGUUUAUUUAAAAUAAUGACUUGGAUCAAGGUACAAGAUACAAAUUUAAUCGACAAAUAAGCGACUUCAAAGUUAAAUCGCGAAUCGUUCAUAAAUUAUAAUAAAAUAUUGUUUUCAUUUAUAUAGCGAUAUUUAAAUAUACAGCUAAAAUUAUUGAAAUACAUGAUGAUGAAACGAUACAUUCCACUGAUAAUAAAAUAAACCGUUUAAACAUAUGUACAUAGAUAAAAAAAUUACGAUUAUUUGGCAAGUAAUUAUUAUAUCUGGUUAUUUUUUUCAGACGAAAAUUCUAAUCCUUUGAUUGUGAAUCAGUGAAAACAUACAUAUUAUACAAUUUAAGCAUGCUACAUAAAUUCAAAACAAAGUAUUUUAGGAGUCAUACAAUCAAAUUGUUUCUUAUAGAAUGUUUGGUGUUGUUUUGUAUUCUAGUGAUACUUUCAUUUCGAUACUUUACUUUGGUAGAUGUCUCCAUUGAUCCAAUUACUCCGUUGCCACUGUCUUCCAUACCAAUGGGUCAGUACAAUAAUGCGGCAGUCGUUUCUAACGGUGAACCGUGUGCAAGAAUCGGAACUGAUAUUCUGAAAAACGGUGGAAAUUCAGUUGACGCAGCAAUAGGUACAUUGUUGUGUGAUAGUGUUGUGUGUCCGGAUUUAACGGGUAUCGGUGGAGGUUUCCUAAUGACCAUUUACAACAGAACUACAAAUACAUCGUUAUUUAUAAAUGCUCGAGAAACGGCUCCAGGUGCCACCAAUUACACUAUGUAUGACAGUGAUCCAACGAAAUCUUUAACCGGACCAUUGGCGGUUGCUGUUCCUGGUGUGAUUCGAGGAAUUUGGGUUUCAUACAAUUUAUAUGGAGGAGGAGUUUCUUGGGCUUCUUUGAUCAAACCAACAAUACAACUAUGUGAAGAAGGAAUUGUUGUGAGUAAACGUUUAGGAGCCAAUAUUAACGCAGCGAAAGAUCUUAUUUUAAAGACAGGAUUGAAGGAAUAUUUUGUCAACAACCAUACGGGAGAACUAUUAAAACCAGGUGAUACUUACACUAUGGCAAAACUGGGCCAAACUCUACGAGUUAUAGCAAACGAAGGUGCGAAUUCUAUGUACGCCGGAUCACUAACACCGAAAUUGGUUUAUGAUUUACAGAGUUCAGGAGGAAUCAUUACUAAAAAGGACUUCAUCGAUUACUCUGUUCUUGUAGAAGAAAGUUUCGAAAUAAAUCUCAAAAACGGUUACAAAGUCUAUUCAGGCUUACCAGCUGGCUCAGGUAUUAUAUUAGCAUAUAUUCUUCGAAUAUUAGAUGGGCAAUUACCUACACCUAAUGCCGAUUUGGACGCUGUGCGGUUUGUAGAAGCUUUCAAAUUUGCAUGUGGGGAAAGAUCUCAUUUGGGUGAUCAUAUGUUUGUAGACACAUCUGAAGUUUUAAAAAAAGUUACAUCAGAUAUGUACAUGAAUAGCUUACAAAAUAACAUGUCUGAUCAACGUACAUCAACUGAUCCUAAAUUCUAUGGAGCCGAUUCCAGUUGGCCCGAAGACCACGGAACAGAAAAUAUAGCUGUUUUGGAUUCAUUUGGAAACGCAGUUGCGGUCACGAGUUCUAUAAAUACGCCCUUUGGUAGCGGUUUUGUAUCAGAAAGUACGGGCAUUAUUUUCAAUAAUGAAAUGAACGAUUUUUCCACUCCUGGAUUUUCUAAUUUUUAUGAUUUUCCACCUUCACUGCCCAACAUCAUACAACCUUAUAAACGACCGAUGUCUUCCAUGUGUCCUACGAUAAUAACCGAUUCCAAAGGGGAUGUAGUUUUGGUUAUAGGAGGCGCUGGAGGAUCAAAAAUCCCACUUGCUACUGCAUAUGUGUCUGCUCUCAUCUUAUGGUACAAUAAAACACUGAAAGAAGCAAUUGAAGAACCAAGAUUAUACCAUCAGUUGAUUCCCAUGCAGGUCGAUUACGAAUACGGAGUGCUCAAGUCUGUUGUUGAUAAACUUAAAUAUGUCGGCCACAAAGUGAGAAGAAUGAUGAUUAAAGAUAAGUCAGCUGUAACUGGAAUAUUCAAAACACCCGAAGGAAUAAUAACGGCAAUGUCUGAUUUCAGACAACUGGGGAAUACCUCUGGAUAUUGACUUAAUAGAUUUAAUUUUAGUUGUUUUCUUGUGUACAUAUUCUAAUGAAGGAAGGUACUUUGAUUAUAUUUUUAAGUAUAAAUAAUUGAAUAGUCAAAAAAGCAUUUUUAAUGAUUAUUUUUAAUAGGUAAUAUAAUAUAUUCAUUUAAAAA